CCCUAUGAAAAACUCUGGUAUAUUUAUUUCAGUCCUCUGUAGCCGACCGCAGCGAAUUGCAGCAGAGGUAAUUUUACAUGACGAAAAUUUAAUAAUUGGAUUGCAUUGGACGAAAACACACGUUGGAUAAAAUGACGUCAGACAGUUCGCUGAAGUAUUUAGCUGCCAUGUUAAUGCUAUGCAAAUGCGCUGGCGCAAAGAACAGCUGGGACCCUCGUGUGACUUCCGAAUGCUACGACACGAGCAUUGCAUUUUCCGUGGAACGUUCCGAGAUGGACAUUCGGUGGGAGAUUGGCGGUACCCCCCUCACAGAGAGUCUGGCCUUCAUUCGUGGUUAUACCAUGUACAAUACCACUCAGCACAAGGUCCUAGUGGUUCCAUUAUUUUCUAUUGGUUACCGAUAUGAGGACAUCAAACUUGGGCACUUCUAUGGAAGUUUUGGGGUAACAUUCAGAGACACCAAGGCCUGGAAUGUGUCAAAAACUGUAACUGAACGAUGCAUGUUCAAAACCCAAGAACUCAUAGUAUGUGACCCCACUGGAGUUGUGAGCGUGGUGGCGAGUACCAUAAUGGUGUCGCCUUGGAUGAACCCCAACAAGACCUCUCUCCUAGACACCAACUGCCGACCUGUGGAGACCGACAACAAUAGAGUUCUCUUCGUCUUCACCGUUAACACCUGUGGCACUAAGAGCAGGAUCGGAGCAAACUAUGUGUCCUACGAAAAUGAGAUCAUCUUAUUUCGAGACGUUUUGUCAUCCGGACAAGCCUUCAUCACCAGAGAUUCUGACUUCAGGCUGGUCAUCGGAUGUACCUACCGUGCCACUGGCGUCGCCACCCUCUCUGUGGACACCGUGCCAAGCGGUGGCCUUCAGGCGGCUGGCAAGGGCUCCGUGGCACAGAAGAGGCAAGACCUGACUCGUAAACGAAGUCGCUUCAAGCCCAUCAGCAAUGACCUGCUGAACACCCUGAGGGCGGAGGCUGGAUCUCCUCAGACCCAGCAGCUGAACCCUGUGCCCCUCUCCCCCACCCAUGACACGCCAGGUGCGUUCGUCUUCAUGGCAGUUCUUCUAGUGCUCAUGUCUGUUCUGGGUAUUUCACUUGCUGUCAUCAAGAAAAUGUGCUCUUUAAAAUAAAACUGUUUUGGAAAAGACAA